AUGUCAAACUAUUCAAGGAGAAAACCUGUUCCUGAGCAAGACAACGGGGAUUCCUCUUUUCCAUUAAAAAAUAAUAAGUCCGCAACUGAUUUGAGCUUUAUGAAUCAACCUCCGAGGAUGCCUACAAAAUCUCCUUUAAGAAAUUCCAGUUCUUCAACUCCAACAAGUGGUUCAACUCAAACCACAAUAAUUCAACCGGUUAUGAGUACGAUGUCGAUAACUAGUGCAGUGUCGCCUACAACUUCAACUGCUCGUACACGUCCUACAGUGGAUACCGCAUCGGUAGAUCGCGAAUUACUAAGUCCCGAAAAAAAGGACUAUGAAGAAAGUAUUAGAUCGUUACAAUCAAGGAGACGUGGUUCUGACCAUAGUUAUAAGCCAAUAUCACCAAUUUCCGGAGUGUUUUCUGAUAACAUAAAUACUACUUCACCGCCACUUUCUCCAAAAAUUAAACCGCCGUCUUUAAAUAUUGCUAGUGAUUUACUUUCUUCGUCUGAAGCCAUGCUUGCUUCCGCUACUUCUCCAAAAUUUCCUCCCGGAACUUCAUUAUUGGAUACGACGGAUGAAAUGUUAAUUCAAUUACUAGUUUCUCAAGCUAUAAUUGACGCGAAGGAUUUUGAUAUUUUAAGUUUAGAAGAGGUUGAGGAAUUAAAAAAGGAUUACUCAUUGUUGACAACGCGUAUUACAGCUUUAACAUCUAAACUUUCUCUUGAAUCAAAAAUUCGAGAAGCUGCUAGCUCACUUGCUCGACUUCAUGCCUCUAAUAGAAGAUUAUCGCGUCAGGCAACGGAUCAUCUUUCCGCUGCUAAUCGUAAAGUUGAUCAAGUUGCUACAGAACUUUGGAAGUUGACACAACGCGCUGGAGAAGUGCAGAGGAAAUUAUUGCAGCAUAUGGCUGGAAUUCUUAGUACGGGUAUUUGUAAAAUAGAAGAGAAGCAUGUUCAUCAAUUUCAAACCAAUUCAAUACAAAUUCAGGAAGGUGGCGAUGGAAUUGACAAUCUAUAUAAUGAGAUAAUGGGUAUAAAUUCUAAUGGUCCGGAUCCUAUAUUAGUAGAAAAGGUAUCUAGUUUAGAAACUUCACUUCAUAAUGCUCAUCAGACGCUUGCAGAAGCUAGAAUGGCGAUUAAACGCAAAGACAAAGAAAUUGAGGAAUUAAGGGCUAAAAUUGAUGAUAGUGCAACAGAAGCUAGAGAAAGAACUGUUGCCGAACUGAGAACUGAAUUAGAAGAGGUUGGAAGCCGGUUGGAUAUCUUGUUGAGAAAACACAAAGCGAAUAGCGGAAAAAACAGUACGUCUUCUGAUAAUGAAGACUCUGAUGAAUCUGAUUCGGGUAACUCUACUUUUUAUCGUCUAUCUACUAUGACGACGGCUACGCAACAUCUUCAAAAAGAACAAUACAGGAACAUAUCUGAGAAUCUAAGUGCCUUAGAAAAAGCUCUAGAAGCUUAUGCAUUUCGAGUAUAUAAAAGUGAACAGGAGAUAAAUUCAACUAAAAAUAACACUGAUGAUGAAAAUUCUCAAAGCCAAUUACAAGAAGCAUUGAAUAAUUUGAAACGUGCAGAGGAGAAAGUAGAGACAGAACAAAAGAAAGUUAAAAAUAUGGAAAAUGAGAUAUUUGAAUUACAGGCAAAAGCAGAACGUGUUCAAGACCUUGAAGAUCAAAUUAAGGAGAUGGAGCGGAAAAAUCGUGCCAAAGGUGUGAAUGAAACAAGUAAUGAUACAAAUGUUGAAUUUAAAUUGAAAAAGACAGAAAGGGAAUAUGAUGAAAUAAUGGAAGCUCUAAAGAAAUCAUUUUCGAAUCUACCAUCUGAUAGAUCUGAAGAUAAUAAAAUAAAAAUUUCAAAAGAAACUAUAAUUUCACGUAUUCAAAGAGUUGGUGAUGAAAAUAAAAGAUUAAUGGAUCAAAUUUCACACCUACAAUCACGAAUACACGAUCAGGCAAUGAAAUUAAAGGGUCAAGAUAACUUAAAGCAGGAACUUGAAGAUACUCUAAUUGAGCUUGAAAACUCAAAAAGCAGAGUAAUGGAGCUUGAAGAUAAAGCUCAAAAUGCAAUAUCUCGAGCUGCUUCGACAAACGAAAAGCAAUCAGACUUGCGUAAUGAGUUAGAAGAUUUACGUGAGCGUCUCAGUACAAGCCAGGAAAAAGUGCGAAAAUAUGAAGCUAUUUUAAAACGUCAAUCGGUCAUUCAAAUUGUCGAUAAUGGGACAUCAAUUAAAGAAGAAUUUCAACAACAAUUGGCUGCACAAGAACAAGAAUAUGAAGCACAGAUUAAGGAACGUGAUGCUUUAAUUUUAAAACUUCGAUCUAAUUUAUCACAUAAUACUACCGAAAAGGAUAAUUUGUCGCAAGUUGUAAAGGACUUGGAAGAUAUGUUAAAAUCUAAAUCUAGAACAUUAGACCAAAGAGAAGUGACAAUAAGUCGAUUAGAAGGAGAUGUCGUUCGGCUUAAGUCAGAGCUUGCCGAGUUAAAAGCUGCUACUGAUGGUAUGUCACGUUUUAAUAAAGGCAGUAGUCGUACCUCGUCACAAGUUGAUGAAGAACAAGAGUUGAUUCAAUUACGAUCAACUAAAUCAAAACUCGAACAGGAAGUUAGGAAACUUAAAGAAAGUAUAGUCAUUGUUCAGAAACAAUUUUCAGAGCGUGAAGAUGCAUUGGAAAAGAGAUCAGAAACGAAUCAAAAUGAACUGGAUGGUGUUUUACGUGAAUUUGAUCGACUGACACGUAAUUUCAUUGAUUUUGAUACUGAACGGCACAAACUUCAAAAUAAUAUCGAUCAACUACAAUCCAAAUGUGAGGCUUUAGAAAAUGAAUUAGCGGACGAAAAGAUCAAACAUUUAGGAAUGGAUGGAAAUGAACCAGUAACGACAGCAACUUUGAGAAAAGAAUUUAGAAAGAUGAUGGCAGAUUCACGAGAAGAACAAACAAAAUUAUUACGACGAGAAACAGAUGAAAGGAAAAAAUUGGAGGCUACAGUAAGAAAUCUUAAGAGAGAAAAAGAAGCAGUAAAAUGGGAAAAGGUUAACAAAGGAACUCAAACAAAAUUUACUGUUGGAGUUGAAACUGUUAACUAG